UCCGGGGGCGGGGCGUGCGCCGCGCGUCCGAAGCAGCCUAGCGCUGACGUCCUCUUCCGUUCUGCUGGCAGCCGCCGGAGCGAAGAUGAAGCUGCUGCUGCUGCUUGCCUUUCUGGGGGUCUUCUCUUCCAUCCACUGUGAGGAAGGGGCCAGGCUUCUGGCCUCCAAGACUUUGCUGAACAGAUAUGCAGUGGAGGGCCGAGAUCUCACUCUGCAGUAUAACAUCUACAAUGUUGGUUCCAGCGCUGCCUUAGAAGUUGAAUUGUCGGAUGAUUCCUUCCCUCCAGCAGAUUUUGGCAUCGUCUCCGGGAUGCUCAACGUGAAGUGGGACAGAAUUGCACCGGCCAGCAACGUGUCCCACACUGUGGUCCUCAGGCCGCUGAAGGCUGGCUACUUCAACUUCACAUCAGCUACAAUCACGUACCUGGUGCAGGAGGGGGGACAGGUGGUGGUCGGCUUCACCAGUGCCCCAGGGCAAGGAGGGAUCCUGGCCCAGCGAGAAUUCGACAGGAGGUUUUCCCCACAUUUUCUGGACUGGGCAGCCUUUGGCGUCAUGACGCUGCCCUCCAUCGGCAUCCCGUUGCUGCUGUGGUACUCGAGUAAGCGGAAGUACGACACCCCCAAGACCAAGAAGAAUUGAGGGGCCCUUCGGACCGGACACUGUCCUCAUCCAGGGGAGGUUGGCAGAAGCCGGAGAAGGAAGGGGCAGCUCAGCUCAUGCAGGAUCCUUCUUGGCCAACUGAGAACUUUUCCCGGUUUUAAAGGGGUGGGGGGGUGGGGAAAGGCUGUUUUUCCUCCGAGCCAGCUCCCCACCCCGUGUCUUCUCCAUUUGAGACCCGCUUUCCUCGAUCAAAAAGGAUUGGGCAAAGAAGAAGCUCUCAUCCCUGGGAGAGGAAACGUCGGACCAAUAAAGAGGUCAAAAGCCAGAA